AUGUCAGAAAAAAGAGUAAUUCUUUUGGUUGGGAAAACUGGCAAUGGUAAAUCUACCAUAGCCAAUGUUUUAACCAAUACAAAUAGUUUUCAUGAGUUUAGAGGUUGUCAAAGUGGAACUAAGGAGUGUCAAGUGGAGAAAUUUCGGCACGAAGAAAUUGAAUAUACUAUAAUUGACACUCCUGGAAUCUGCGACACUGAUAGUGAAAAUGAAAAGAAUGUAUAUAAGAAAAUAGUUGGAGCUGUUUAUGAUUUUAAGGAUAAUUUGAACCAAGUCCUCUUUGUUACUAAAGGUAGAUUGACGAAAGAAGAAAUAGACUGUUAUAAUUUACUUUUUGAGGCUUUUUUUGAUGAAGAAAAAAUUCCCAAAUUUAUUACUAUCGUCCGAACUAAUUUUCCACACUUUGAAGAAGAAAAGGAACGCAAAGAAGAUAUUGAUGAAAUGAUAGAGCAAGGCGGCGAAAUUUCAGAAUUAAUUAAAUUUCAUGAAGGAAAAAAUGUCAUUCAUGUGGAAAAUCAUCCCAAAUAUCAGAAUGAUCGUGUUAUAUCUAGAACCAUGUUAUUAAAACAUUUAAGAAAAGAUGAGAUAUGGGGUGUUCUUAGUCUCAAAAAGAGUAUCAAGGAAGUGAAAUUUAAAGAUAGAUUAUUUAAUAUGGCACUAACUUUUUCUGAUAUGGUUGGAAUAAGUGCCUUUGAAUCGUCUGUAAUUACGUUAGGUUUUGCGAUCACAUAUGCUACCGAACGGGUUAGUCUAUAUAUUUUAAAUUACAAACGUAAGAAAGUUGUGAGAAGAGUCGAAAGAAGUUUAGAUAAAACAAAAACUUUAUACCAAGAACUACAACAACAACCAGAUACAGAGAAAUUAGAUAAGAUUCUUGAAAAAUGUAUUAAUGAGUUAAUGCAGGAAUUGAAUUUUCUAAGUAUUAAGAUGGAGAUAGAACGAAUGUUUCAAGAAAAAGCAAAGACAUCUAGCAUUAAUUAA